AUCGUAACACACAAUACUGCACAGAUCUAAGAUUAUUGCCAACGACGACCAACCUGUUUACCGAUUUGUACAACCGUAGACAGCGUGUAUGGCGUGUGCGAUUUCUGAUGAUAAGAGCAAGUGAUAAUAAAAACAACGGUAUUUCUUUUCUUUCUCCGUGGGUUUAAUUUUUUUUUCUUAUCUACUAGGUUUAGUUAGUUGUAGGAAUAGAAAAAUUAUUAUCGAACACGUCAAAUUUUCCGCGUAGUGUAGAAUAUAAAAAACUUUUGUAACGUUUGUCUUCGUAUCGGCGAGGUACGAGGAACGUCACCGCGUACGGUAAUGGACAUUUCAACUAUGCAAAUGAGACAACCGGUGACGGUGAAAAGAAAUUGUGUUACUGGGCACUGACCGUCUGGUCGAUCGAAAUCGUUUCGCAGUCCGUAGUCGUUGAGUCCUUUGAACGAGAUGGAUCACAGCGAGUUGGUGUUGGAAAUGUCUCAUCUGGAGCGCAUGCCUACGGCCGAUAGGUUGGCUUUAGCUAGACGCCGCCGGGUGCAACAGUUGCGGCUGUGGGCACAAAAAGAUCGUGAACGGCGGCGAUCGUCUCCGCCGCGAAACAACAGGCACAUAUAUUUCAGCGAUAAUGUCAUGUUAUUAGAAGCAGCUUCCAGGAACGACAUAGAUGAAGUGAAAAGACUUUUGGUCAAAGGAGUCAGUCCAGAUGCUACAAAUGAAGAUGGACUUACGGCUUUGCAUCAGUGUUGUAUUGAUGAUAAUGAACAAAUGAUGAAACUCUUGGUGGAGUUUGGUGCUAAUGUGAAUGCAGAAGAUAGUGAAAAGUGGACUCCGUUACAUGCAGCAGCCACUUGUGCUCAUUUACAUCUCAUAAAAUACCUAAUUGAUAAGGGUGCUAAUUUACUUGCUGUGAAUGCUGAUGGUAACAUGCCAUACGAUAUCUGUGAAGAUGAAGCUGCAUUAGAUCUUAUUGAAAGUGAAAUGGCCAGACGGGGUGUAACUCAACAGUUGAUUGAUAAUACACGUGCCACUACAGAACAUCGAAUGCUUCAUGAACUUCAACAAGCUAUUGAUAAUAACCAAAGUUAUUUACUAGAAUCGUAUGACCAUCAAGGCGCAACACCUUUACAUAUUGCUGCUGCCAAUGGUUAUUCAAAGGUAGUUGAAUAUUUAUUAGAUAACCAUGUUGCGACUGAUGUUAAAGAUUCUGAUGAAUGGCAACCUGUUCAUGCCGCUGCUUGUUGGGGACAUUUAGAAGUACUGGAGAUCUUAGUGCAGAAUGGUGCUGAUUUAAAUGCUAAAACAAAAAAUGAUGAAACUCCUGCAGAUAUUUGUGAAGAUCCAGAUUUACGUGACCGUAUAUUACAGUUACGUAAUGAACAAGAAACCAAAAAAGAAGCUCAAAAAAGAAGAGUGCGACGCACACAGUCAAAUAAUACUAGAGCUCAAUCUGUUCGGAGAACAUCUAUUAGAGAGAAAACUCUAACAUCCAAAAAGGAUGCAGUGGAAGAAGCUAGAUUACGGAUUGAAGCUCAAAAUUUUGCAAAAAAGUUUUUAGCUAAGGAGCGUACAACUAGUGACUUUGAAGGAGAUUCAUCAUUAGAUUCAUAUUCCAUUCAUGCUCCAGUACCUAUUACUUCAGCAAUUCCUACUACAGAACGUCGAGAACCUGAAGGUGAAGACAUUAAUGAUGAAAAAUCACAAUUGGAAACUGUUGAUGUUGGUUCUGCUGCUGAAACCUGCUAUACGACAGAAAGUGAUGGUAAAAUAAAUAUUCAUGUUUCUGUUACUAUCAAUGCGGGCACAUUAGCUGAACUGAAAAAGCAGCGAGCACAAACACGUGCAGCAGCUGGUCUUCUCUCUAAUAGUGCUGAUAUGCCAUCCGAUUCUGAAGCUGCAUUUAAUAGAUUUGCUGGUGAUACUGAGGAUGUAAUUGUUGGAGAUCCAUUGAAAACCAGGAGAAAAUGUUGUAUAAUUUUUUGAGUUUUAAAUUUAUUUUUACUUUAUUGAAAAUAUUUAGGGCUGAGAAAAUUAU